CGUCUUUUAUUUUGGUUGCGACAAAGUAGAUCAACAUACACUCACCUGUAGGCCUUGCACUCACCUCCCUAACAAGAAGGAUAUUGGAAUCGAACAGGGCUAUAUUUUAAAAUGUUAAGUAGUCUAAGGAAAAAACUCAACAAUGCCCUUGCAGAAGCAUCGAUUAUAACAGAAAAUCUACAGCAGCAGUAUCGUCAACGUGUCCAAAACUCCGAUAAUCUAAGUCGUAGUCGCAGUUCCAGCUCAUUAAUUUUGUCUCCCAGCGAACUGGGUCUACCGCCCAAUGUUAAUGUAGCUGCUGGUUGUAAUUUACUUGCCAAAUAUGAAGAAGACUGGAGAAUUAUACAUCAAAACAACGAAGACAAUGCGCGUAAGGCGGAGGAAGUUGCCAAGCAAAUACAAGGCAUCGAAUCGAAAAUGAAUCAACAACAGGUGGUCAUGAGUGAUUUGGUACAUUGUCUAGCUGCUAUACCGAAUGUAGUGCUGAAAUUAAAAACAUGCCAAGAUACCUUGCGCGAGGUACAACAACUAGGUGAAAGCGUAGAAAAAGAGCUGGAGAAACUAGAAGAUUUAUGUGCUGAAUGUGAACUUGAGGAAUAUAUGCUGGAGAAACAAUGUGAACUAUCGAAAUUUAAGCAAAAGAAAAUGGAGGAACUAGAGUCCUAUCGCCAAAAAGUGGCUGCUGAACAUCAAGAAAGAAUCCGCUUGCAUGAGGAGAAAUUGCGUACGAUACAAAAAGAAAGACAGGCCGUGUUUGAUGAUGCCUUUCGCCAUGAUUUAAAGGAAUUCAAGGAAAAUGGACACAUACCAAAAAUUUCAAAAGAUAUAAAACCAACUGCUAUAUCAUUGGAGGAAGUCGAUUUGGAAGACAUAUCAGAGACCAAAGAUGCUCUUGAGGAGUUUUUAAAUGGAUGAUUGUUGUUUUUUCGCUUUUUGUUUAUACCUAUAUUAACAACAAAAGUAUAGUCCACAAAGUGCCUGCAUCUGUUAUGAUAUAAAGCAAAAACCUAAUAGUGCAAUAUACCAUUACCAGAAAAACAAAGGAAAAUCCUCAACACACCACCAGCCAAUUAUUGAUGUCAAACAUUUAACCCACCCACGACAUUAAAGUAUUUGUUAUAACUAUAUACAUAUUUUUAUAUUAAAUAGAAUUUGAUAUGUAAAGGGAAUAAUCAAUUUAAUACAAAAACAACAAUAUGA